AAUCACUGUGUUCUGUAAUUAUUCUGUAAAUUAUACAUAAUUUAUAUACAGAUCCUUAUAAGACAACAGUUGAGUUAAGGACGUUUCGAGUUUUGUUGUGUCAUUUGUGUGUAUGAUGUAGCAAAUUGAAGUACAUAAUUACAACUACUGUAUGAGUCAUUUGUACCGGAUGAUGUCAUUAUGUAUACGUUAACACUAACUUUCAACCUAGUUGUGUGUGUGUGUAUGCAAGCUGGCUGGUUCAGCAUCCCACAUAUUAUCAAAAAAAUCUUUAGUGAAGCUGUCAAAUAUGGAGUUUAAGGAAGAGACUACAAAGGAAAGCUUUACAGAGGAUUCUGACGGACAAAUCCACAGCGAUGAGCCAAAACAAGAAACAAGCAAAGGCAACAUUUGCCAGCACUUCCUCUUGGGCAGAUGUCAUUUUGGUGACAGAUGUCGACUAUCUCACAGUUUGCCUGAUGUCCCUCAAACCACACAGGCAGAGGACCAUGACAAAAUGGUCCCAGAAAAGCAGAGCAAGAGCCAGAAGAAUGGAAAAAAGAUUCACACCGAUAAGAAAGAAAAGCUUGACAUAAAGACAGCAAGAGAAGAGCGUAGGAAGAAACCACGCAUGCGCACUGCAGAUGAUGUUAUCUCUAGAAUUAUAUGGGACCCCACAGUGGAUGCAGCUGACUUUGUGGUCGGUCAUCUGGAUCGUUUUCUUGGGGUGCUGGAACGCCCGUUCUCAGACUUCUCGUGGGAUACGGAGGUGUGCGACUGUGACUUCUAUGAGGAGCUGGCUCUCCCACGUCAUAGGAUUCAGUACUUUAGCUACAAAGGCCAGCGUGUGUGGGAUAAAGACAGUCGUACUGACAGGGUGUUCGGCUCCACAGGGCAGACUAUUUUGCCUCCUUUUAGAGGUGUAAAUCAACAAGAAAAUUUUACACAUAACACUGGGCAACACGAAGAGACUACCAACACAGCAGAUGUUUCAAACAACCUAGAGGAAACUGCAUCUGAUUCUUCUAAAGGAUCUGAUGUUGCAACAGAAGCAAACAAACAAGAUGAUGGAAAUGCUGAAGAUGAAAUUUGUAGUGACGGAUCACUUUUGCAAGAAGAAUCUGGGCAAAAUGAAGACAAAAAGAUAGAGGUUGCUGAAGAUGGUUUGACUCAGUCGGCAGAGGAGCUAUCUAUCACUAAGAAAGGAGAACAGACUGAAAUAGAGGAAGAAUGGAAGGAUAAAUGGGAUGGGGAGGGAGAAACAGAAGCUGAGCCUCCCUCAUCCAUACCGCAAGAGCCACGGUCUAUCCGUCCACCACGCAGACCCACUCACUUCAUCUGUUUCCGCGUGGACUCCCCCGCCGCUCUUCAGGCCUUCCAGCGGUGUCAGAGGAAAGUUCUGUCCCACCUUCCCCAGUCUGAACCACUGUGGGUCGACCCAGCGACAUUACACGUCACUCUCUCCCUGCUCGUCCUUAGUGGCCCUGAGGAGGUCAGAGUUGCUGGCGAACUCCUUCGUGCCACAAUCAUAAAUUCCCACAAAGCGCCUAUUUCGGUGUCCUUCAUGCCAAAACUGAAGCAUUUCAAUGGGACUGUUCUCCAUGUGACCCCUCAACCAAUCUGCGAUAUCCAGAGCUUGAAUUCCCCUCUGCAGGAGGUUUUCAGGGAGAAGGGCUGGCUUCAUCGCCAUUCACGAUGUCCCUCGUACCAUCUCACCCUGGCCAAAGCACAGGAGAAAAGGACAGAGAAGAUGUUUGAAGGAAUAGGGUCUGUGAAACUGGCCAAAGAUGUGAACUUUGGCAAACUAGAAGUAAAUAAACUUUAUCUUUGUGUAAACGGUCAUCCUAAAACUGAGAGCGGUUUCUACCAGGUUGUAUGUGCUGUUCAGGUUCCAAAUGUAUGAAUGUGCUUGUUUUUUAUCACCACGACUCCGUCCGUGAUAAUGAUUAUAACCAAAUCAAAGGAUUUCUUUUCAAUAAAAAAUGAAAUUGUUUUAGAUUCAAAAUCUUACCCAUGUCCCCCAAUAUUCCUUAAUAAUAUAAUGCACGUUUUUUAAGGGAUAGUUCACCGUUAAAUGAAAAUUCUAUCAUAAUUUAUUCAACCUCAUAUCAUUCAAACCUUUAAAACUUUAUUUUAUCUUAAGAGCACAAAAUAAGUUAUUUUAAAGAAUGUUGAUAAGAAAAAUGUUCGUCCCUAUUGACUUUUCUAUUAGCUUUUUCAUUUUGGAGUAAACUAUCCAUUUAAGGGCUGAAUAGGUUGAUCUUUCUAAAAUUCAUAUUUUUAACCAAUAUUAACCAUGUUUGCAAUUUUUAUUGCAAUGUGAAAACUUUCUUUCCAAGCAUUGAUAUUACUAACACAUUAUCAAAUAAAAGUCCCAUUUCAGUAACUGAACUACAUUGAAGUCUCUAACCUACAUACCUGAAUACAAUUCAGCUGAAUCUUAAAAUGAUACAUUUCAUACUUAUUAUUACAGUUGGUACUUUAUAUUUUGUACAUUCAUCAACACAUAUAACAUGCCUCUUUAUUUUGAGGUUUGUGCAUUUAUUUAUCAUUGCUCGGGUAAACACAAACACUUACAUAUGAUACAUCUGCUUCUUAUAUUUUUUAUUACUGCUAAUUGUAAGAGGCUCAGUGGCUCCAGCCCUGGCAGUGUUUUUGGAUCACAUAUCGAAUUAGACGUGAUGGCAAGAGCGCCAUUUUUCUUGAAAGUGGACGGCAUAUAAAUAAGUAAAACGUCAUGUAUUUCAACUGUUUUUAUAGCACAAGUAUUUAAUAAUUUAACAUUCAACAAACAACUCUGAACAGCUGUACAUUUGGCUCCUUGAAUGUCUUGAGAUCUAUUAUUUCAAAAGAGAUCAUAUCAAACUAAAUGAAGCAUUUUAUGAUUUCUUUCCAUGCCUUGCAAUUGUGUGUGAUACAGUAGCAGCACUGUUUGAGAUAUGACUGGGGAAGUCUUACAUACGUAGUAUAAUUUUGUAUUUCCUCUUGGAUACACCAUACUACGCGUACAUGAGUGGUUGUGCGCUCUCUUAUUCUCUCCAUCCCUCCCUCAUGUGCUUCUCUAUCUCGCACCCUUCCCCCAUCCUCUCGCUUUCUCUUUCAGUGACACAGAAAAACCAACACCACCCUCCCUCUCUCAUGCAUUCAUGCCCCCCAUAUUCCCAUGCACACAAAUACCCAUCUCUCCAUCCCUCGCUCGGCUGUUGUUUUCGUUGUAUUUCUUAAAUCUCGAUCAAACCAUAGUUUGGCAUCUCUUUCUUGCUUACCAUUUACUUUCUUUCCAUGGUAAAUGAUACCACACAAAAAUAAAUAACCAGAAUUAUUUUA